AUGCCAGCAAGUCCUUUUCAACAAGGUUAUAGACCGGUACUGCCUGAUUCUGCAACUCCUUCUGCAUCAUUGACUAACUAUGGUCAAAACCCUAGCCCAUCUGCCACAACUCACAAUUCAUUUGGGUCUGUAUCUUCACUGCCUCCAAAAUACUCCCAGUUGUAUGAAAAUCCGGGUCUGCAUCAUCGUCCCCAAGUCACGAUGCCUAAUGGUCAAGGACAGCAAAGUGUUGCCUCAAUGCAACAGUGGUCCCACGGUGUGCCGAAUCAAAUCAUGAGUGCCAAUACCACUAGUUCCCAGGCACUUAUUUCUAGGCUGCUGGGGCAUACAAGUUCAAGGACCCAAGGGACCAGGGAGGCUGAGAUUGCUCCCGUUUUAAGAUUGCAGCAAGAGGCAGGAGUUUUACCGAAUGAAGUCUCUACCAGUCGCGACGCGGGAAAGGAGCUAGCGACCUCAUCAACUAGGACCCAACCUUCCGAGGCAAUUCAACGAAUUUUAAAUAUGAAUCCAUCACGGAUGGUUACUCGGAAUUUUCCCAGCAUCAGUGAACAAGGCGGGAGCAUUCCGACAGAAAGGGUGCCUUAUGUUCCACCACGUCGUGGUCGUCCUCCAAAACGACGCGACCCCAUAGAAUCGUAUCAGCGGGGAAAGCUAAAGAAAUUUCAAAAGGUCUACAACGUUCUGGUUGGUUUGUUUUGUGUAGUCAAUAAAGGUUUCUACCGGUGGAACAACCGGUACCUCUCAGAGAGCGCAAAGGCCUCAAGGUGGUGUCGUCAUCAGAGACCUAAGCGCUGUACUCCCCAACCCCCCCUCUGCUCCAAGGUACACUCCGACCCUCUAAAGCCAUUUUCUUUGUCUCUCUUUCUCACCAUCCUUGCCCGCGUUGAACUCUCACAACUUGAGACUGCAGAAGAAACUAAAAAAAUUCAUGAUUCUCAAAUGUUAGGCACUUCGAAAACGCGGUGUACGACAUGGAAUUCGAGAGGCAAGGUCAACCCCUUGACCCCCAUCUCAGAUUAUUCAAACCACCGCCAGGGAAUUGAUGUGGCACAUCAUCCUGAACGAAGUGUCAAGUACAAGAAAUUCUCAAGAGUAUAA